AUUUCGUUGCAAAUCUACUGCUAAUUCCGCAGUCUGACUUUUUUAGUCGCUAAUAAUAGUUAGUAUUUCGUUGCUAAUCUGUUGUGCAGGGGGAUCUGAUGGAAGUAAAAGCAAACAAAUUGACUUCUAACAAAACUCAGAUCUCGUUAUCUUACUACUCUAUUCCGUACUGUCGCCCUCAUCAAAUAGUUAAUAGUGUCCAGAAUCUUGGGGAAAUUCUUCGUGGCGAUCGCAUACAAAAUUCUCUCUAUCAGUUUGAAAUGGGACAUGACACGAGGAGUGAGAUUGUUUGUUUAAUGACGCUUAAUGAGAAAACCAUAAAAGAAUUCAAGGAGAAGAUCGAUGAUGGGUAUCGAGCGAACAUGAUAUUGGACCAUUUACCUUUGGUUGUUCCGGUAACAACAAAUGACAAUGACUCUGAACCCAUAUAUCAACUGGGAUAUUUAGUCGGUUAUAAGACCAAGGAUGAGAAAUAUUUUAUCAACAACCACUUAUCAUUCAUAGUCAGCUACCACCAAAAUUCAAUAACACAUGCUAGAAGAAUUGUCGGGUUUGAAGCUGAAGCUUUCAGUAUUAACUAUUACCAACAAUGUGACACGUAUUACUGUCCACAAGGAAUUGAUGACAAGAAUGAGAUCUUCUUCACUGUUGGUGUUCUGUUCGAGGAGAGUGACAUUAAGUGGGAAUCAAGAUGGGACCCUUAUCUUCUUAUCGAUGAUGAUCAAAUUCACUGGUUUCCAAUCCUGAACUCACUUAUGAAUGUACUUAUUGUAUUAGCUGGGGUGGCUGCAGGCAUGUCAGCAACACUUUACCGCACCAUUUCUAACUACAACCAACCAGGAAGCCUAGAAGAGGCUCAUGAAGCAACAGGUUGGCAACUCGUCCACACGGACGUGUUCCGUCCUCCUGUCAACUCAGAAUUACUCUGUGUUUCUGUCGGAACAGGUUUCCAGAUUUUCGGUAUGAUUGUACUCACCGUAAUAUUCGGGUCCCUUGGGUUUAUUUCUACCUCAAAUACGGGCGGGCUAAUGACCGACGUCAUUCUCCUUUGGGCCGUAUUGGGAUUCGAUGGCGGGUUCUCCAUGGCCCGUCUUUACAAAACAUUCCAAGGAUCCGAAUGGAUAAAAACCACCUUAAAAACAGCAAGCAUGUUCCCGGGACUAGUUUUUUGCAUAGUUGUUGUACUAAAUGUUGUAAAGUGGAGUGAUGGAUCUUGGGGACCCUUACCAUUACAUGACAUGUUUGUUUUCGCGGUUUUAUGGUUCGCUGUUUCGCUCCCCCUCGUGUUCCUCGGCAGUUACAUUGGCUUCAAACUACCAGAAAUCAAAGCUCCUGUAAUAACCAAUGAAAUCCCUAGGGAAAUCCCAGAACAAAAGAGCUCGUUUUUCUUGAUCAUGAUGGGUGGAAUAAUACCAUUUGUUGUGGUAUUCAAUGUGCUUUUUCCCACGCUCACGUUUAUUACUUCACCUAAGUUCUACUACAUAUUUGGUUUAGUGUUGGUCGUUUUGAUCAUGACAAGUGUCGAGGUCACAAUCUUGUUAUGUUAUAUUCAGUUGUGUCGUGAAGAUUACUUGUGGUGGUGGCGAUCGUACCUAACAGCGGGUUCUUCGGCUUUUUAUCUGUUCAUAUAUGCAACAUUCUAUUACUUCACGAAACUUAACAUCACGGAGCUUGUGCCGAGUGUUUUGUAUUUCGGGUAUAUGUUGAUUGCUUGUUUAGUGCUUUUCGUGUUAACAGGUACGAUCGGUUUCUGGGCAUGUUUUAUACUCACUCACCUUCUUUACUCUUCAGUGAAGAUAGUUUAGGCCUACAAGGCAUGUCUGCUUGGACUUAAAGUCUGUUUAUCAAUAAGUGAUCUUUGUGCUGUAAAACUUGAUAAAAAAUAUCAUUAUGUUAAAUAAAAACAUCUAUUAUCUUGUGAAUGUACAUUUUGAUUAACUCGGUA